CCUUCGAGGGAGCACUUCCGGCCCGGCCCGGAAGACCGUUAAUACCCGUGGUGGUGCCGUUCCAUCUCGGGCGCUGGAGUCGGGGGGGUAGUUUGCGGGCUCCCUCGUGGCGCGCGGGUUAGGCAGGUGCCCCGCGGAGCUCCAGGUCGCCGACGAGCACAGCGGAGCCCGGGCCACGAUGGACUUCCCCGGCUCGCUCCCACCCACGUUGUUUAGGACCGGCCCCCUUGGUGUGAGUAACACCCCUGACCUGUCUUUCAUGUGUAGCUGGAGAGACGCGCUCACCCUGCCUGAGCCCCUGGCCCAGAACUCCCAGAAUGGGGUGUCGUGCACGGCCGCAGCCCCUCUCUGGGAGCCAGAGACCCCCGGGCCCCUUCCCUUGCUGCCUCCUGGUCCCGAUCCCUGGGACCCUGGGGUGACCGCCCGGGACCUGCUUUUCCGGGGAGGUAUCCCAUUCCGAAGAAAGCCCCGGGCCAUGCUGGAUGUGACGGAACAGCUCAGCCGCUUCCUGUGGGACCACGGGGACAUAGCCUUUGCGCCCCUGGGGAAGCUGAUGCUGGAGAAUUUCAAACUAGAGGGAGCACGGAGCCAUUCUAAGAAGAAGACAGUGGUCAGUGUGAAGAGUCUGCUCCAGGACCUCGGUGGACACCAGCCCUGGGGGUGUCCCUGGGCUUCCCUCAGCUUCCGGCAGCGCCGGUUCUCCAUCCUCGGGGGCCCCGUCCUGGGCACGUCUGCGGCCGGCCUGCUGGGAGAGCUUCUGCAGGAGGAGCUGGCCACGCGGUGGGAGCGGCUCCUCCUGGACGACGCGUUUACCGGGGGCGCGUUGGCCUGGGCGCCCGGAAGGACGCCCCAGGUGGGACAGUUGGUCUACCCUGCGGGAGGCGCCCUAGACAAGCUGCAUUUCCAAGAGGUCAGCGUGGCCCCAGGGGGUGACCCCCAGGCCCUCGGCGACCCUGGCCACAUCCAGCUCCGAGGGCCUGUCCGGCAGGUGGCGACUCACACCGUGCAAGGGGAAGCCCUGCUGGCUGUCCGGUCUGACUACCACUGUGCCCUGUGGAAGGUCAGUAAGCAGGGGCGCCCCGCCCCCCUCCAGGUGCUGCAGAUCGGGAAGGGGGCCACAGGGAUCAGCCUCAGCCCUCACCUGCCUGGGGAGCUGGCCGUCUGCAGCCGUUCGGGAGCCGUCUGUCUGUGGACCCCCCAGGAUGGGCUGCAGCAAAUCUACAAGGACCCCGAGACCCUUGUGUUCCGGGACCCGUCUCCCUGGCGCUGGGCAGACUUCACGGCCCAUCCCCGGGUGCUGACCGUGGGUGACCGCACUGGAGUGAAAAUUAUCGACACUCAGGGCCCACCCGGGUGUGGUCUGCUGCUCUUUCGUGGGGGUGCAGAAGCAGCGUGCCAGAAAGGGGAGCGCGUCCUGCUGACCCGGUACCUGGGGGGGUGCAGCCCUGAGCCCCUGUGCCCCACGUUCCAUCUCAUCCUGACCCAGUUCUCGCUCUACCUGGUGGAUGAGCGCCUCCCCUUGGUGCCCCUGCUGAAGUGGAAUCACGACCUCCCCUCCGCCCCCCUGUUUGCCCAGCUGCUGCCCCCGCCCCAGCCCGGGCACGCACAGCCGCUGCUGCUGGGGGGCCAGGGCGGGCACCUGCGGCUGCUGCAGCUCGCAGGAACGGGGGCCUCCGCGCCCCGGCUGGCGGGCCCCCCCCAGUCUCUCCCCUCCAGCAGCGACUCCCUCUCCGCGUUCCCCCUGCUGGAGCCCAAGAGUCAGUGGCGGCUGCAGGAGCGUCUGAAAGCGCCAACCAUAGGUCUGGCUGCCGUGCUCCUGCCCUCUGCCUCCGCUCCGGUCCUGUUCCUCUUCCAGCUUUCCGCGGCUGGGGAUGUCUUCCACCAGCGCCUCCGCCUCCAGGUGGACCCCGGGCUUGCCUCCGGUGCCCCCGUGGCUUCCUGGACUCCCCAGGCCACCGCCCGCUGCGGCCGGUGGCUGAAGGCCCUGCUGGAGGUACCCCUGCCUCCCCCCGUGUGGGCAGCACCCAACUUCUCCCACCGCCGUGUGCUAGGCUGCGUGGAACCGCGGCGGAUGGAACAAAAGGUGCCGGAGGGUCUCCGUGCGGCCAUGGCCCAAGGGCGACUCCUGCUGCGGAGGGACCUGGGCGCCGCGCCCUCUGCGGAGCCACCCCCUGCCCCCGAGCCAGGCCCCGAGGACGAGCUCAGUGCGCGUUUGGAGGCAGCCUGGGAAGGCCGGGCGGCCGCCUGGUGGGAGAGCCAGCAGGGCGGGAGCUCGGGGCCCGGGAAACGGCCCCAGCGGCACAAGCGCCGGACUCAGCUGUCCAGCACUUUCUCCUCGCUCAGCGGCCGCCUGGACCUGUCGGACGCCACCAGCCCCCCCCGUAGCCCAGACCGGACGUCCCCUGAGGCCAGGCCUCAACCACCGGUGACCCCGCCCUCCCAGGAGCUGACCCAGGAGCUGUGGGCUCGGGGUGUCCCCUCGGAGAGGCAGCAGACGCUCCGGGACUACAUGGCCAAGCUACCGCUCCGUGGGGACCCCCCAGGAGGCGUCUCCUCACCCCUGUCCCAGGCCUCCGGCGUCCGGGCCACCCCCUCCAGGCAGCAGCCCCUCCAGGAUGGCUCAGCGGAGCGGCCGCUCCGAAGGCACACGCUGGGAGGUGCCGCCUUGCCCUCUUCCCAGACCUCCAGCGUCCGGGCCACCCCCUCCAGGCAGCAGGCGCCUGUCCCCUCGGGCUCUCAGCCGAGGAGGAGAAGGCCCCGCAUGGGCUUCUGAGGCCCCGGGAAGCUGCUCCCCCACCCCGAGAGCCCUUCUUCUCCGACAGCUGCCCCUUCCAGGCUGGAGCCCAGGAAGUGGAGAGAACAGUCUCCAGGGGGCAGACCUUUCUGCUUCCUGGAGGUCACGGGACUGCAGGAAAUACCCCAGAAAUGAUCGGGAGCCAAGUCAGAGCCACGGGGACAGCAAAAUAGUCGUUUCUCCCUGUUUAUGCUAUUGCUUGAAGAUCCUUCCUGACCUCACGUUGCAAAGGCCCCGGUGGUCCCGUCGACCCGUGCAAAGGCCUGAAGGUCCGUGUUGUUGGGAUUCGUUCCCUGCAGGGGACAGUGUUGUGGUUAAAAGCAGGGGCCCCGUCGACAUUGUGGUCACGGUGUGGGUGCCUCGCCGUGCUCAGGGAGGCUGCUGGUGCUGGUUAGUUGGUGUUUGUUGAGCAGUUUCGACAAGGAUCUAAUGUUCUCUAGGGGGAGACACUCGGUCCCGCGUUGAGGGAUUGAAUAAACUCGGCCGCUGAGCCCGAGCCCAGCAGCCUCCCCUUA